UAGCCAUUCCGCCAAAUAAAUAAUGGUGUGGUCUGGCCAGUGAGACUGCACGCGCUAUAUACUGCACAUUCCGCACGAGCUACAGAGCCAGAGCUGCUGCUGCUGCUGCUUAGUUAAAAGACAGGAUGUUGUAAUAAGACGCUUAGAGCUCCUCCAUCCUCGGAGCUAAUGGCAGCUUUAGUCGUCUGGAAUUGUCGGCUGGUGGUCGUGGUCUGCUGAAAAACGCUACAAGUGAGCCAGCUGUCUUCUUGGCACGGAAAAGCAAAGAACUAGCCAUGUCUGCGAGAGAAAGAGCAAAGGCAAAGACGACUAAGGAUAGCCUUUCCUUGCUGCCAUGCUUCUAUUUUGUUGAGCUUCCAAUCCUGGUGUCAUCUAUAGUGAGCCUUUACUUCCUAGAGUGGACAGACAUUUUCAAACCAGUGCGCUGGGGCUUCAGCUGCUAUGACCGCAGUCUGAGUUUACCAUACAUCGAGCCAACGCAUGAGGUGAUCCCCUUCCUCAUGCUCCUUAUGCUCACCGUCGGUGCACCUGCUAUCACGAUAAUGAUUGGAGAAGGCAUUCUAUUCUGCUGGCUGUCCAAAACUCAGAGUGGCCCUGGAGCCGAGGCCAACAUCAAUGCAGCUGGCUGCAACUUCAACUCCUACAUCCGCCGUGCCAUCAGGUUUGUGGGGGUUCAUGUGUUUGGUCUCUGUGCCACUGCUCUAAUAACUGACAUCAUCCAGCUGUCUACAGGUUACCCAGCACCGUACUUCCUUACUGUUUGCAAACCCAACUACACACACCUGAACUCCUCCUGUGAUGAGAACUCUUUCAUUCUGGAAGACAUCUGCUCUGGGACUGACACCGCCAUCAUUAAUGCUGGCAGAAAAUCGUUCCCUUCCCAGCAUGCAACCUUGGCAUCCUUUGCUGCUGUCUACAUCUCUAUGUAUUUCAACAGCACUCUGACAGACUCAUCUAAGCUCCUGAAGCCCCUGUUGGUCUUCUCCUUCAUCAUCAGUGCCAUCAUAUGUGGCCUAACACGGAUUAUCCAGCACAAGAACCAUGCCAUUGAUGUAUACCUGGGAUUUCUCCUUGGAGGGGGCAUUGCUAUUUAUUUAGGUUUGCAUGCCGUUGGGAAUUUUCAACCUAGUGAGGAGAAGCUGAAGAGUGAACCUCAGGUUCAGGAUACUGUUAGGUCCCUGGGUGAGCUAGGUCAACAUGUUGGCCACCAUCUGCCUGCUAAAAGCUGUAGCAGUAGUGAUGGCAUUUCCUCCUCACACUCAGAUGGCCUCCUUCACCGCAAUCUUCAGACCCGGCAUACUAGAUCCCUUACCAACCUGAAGAGAUCGAGCGCAGAUGUGGAAGUCUCACAGCCCCAUAGCCCCACGGAUAUGGACAGUAUGGUGACCUUUAGUAACACUCUGCCACGGAUUCACCCACCAACCAUGGAUGAGGGCGUAAGGCGCAAUGGAACAGUCCAUUCAUCCAUGGACUCCAGCCGUUCCAAGCAGUUGUUAUCGCAGUGGAAGAGUAAGAAUGACAAUCGAAAGCAUUCCAUGCAGGCUGUGGAAACUGCUCUGGGACAGUGUUCCACCAGCAGCAUGGAGACACGCUGUAGCUCAGAACCCUCCACCGCAGGCAUUAAAGGGGAACAGCAAGGUCCGGCAGGGUCAUGUCUCAAACUGGCCACUGGAAGCAGCACUUUACCCAGCAAUCCUUGUGGUAUUGCUGGAGGUACAAGAGUGUCUAUUCAGUCCAGACCAGGCUCUUCCCAACUGGUGCACAUUCCAGAGGAGACUCAGGAAGGCAUGAGCACUUCACCUAGAGGUAGCGUCCGGGACAAGUGGCUGAAAAGCAUGGAAAAGAAUGUCAAUGGACAACCACGUGUUGUGCCAGUGAUUGGCAUGUCCAAGCAGCAUGGCCUGUUGCCCACAGGCUCCAGCAGUUCCGAGAGCAGUAGCCACACCAGCUCCACUGCACCUCUGCACCGCCAUAAGAGCCUGAGUGAGGAGCCUGGUUCAGGGGUUACCAGCCAGGGUUCCAUCGUCCGAGUGGAGGCACACCCAGAGAAUGGACGGCCCUUGGUUCAUGCCCACUCUACUGAUGGCACCACCUUCUGGACCUGGAAGUCUCAGAGCAGCUUAAGACAGUCUUUUGAGCUCAAUGACCUCAACCGAGACUCAGAGAAUUGUGAUUCACUUAGGGACGGCUAUGGCUCCACAGACAGGAAGAGGAGCAACUCUGGCGCUCCGAUACAUGUCACAGUCCCAACAGUUCCUGCUGUCUCCUCUAUUUCCACUCUAGCCAACUCAGUAGGUGAUCAGCACCCUCAUCAAACCGUCUCCACCAUCCGGGUCACCCCUAUAGAGAGCAGUGAGAGUGGCCCUGAGAGUCGCGACUCAACACUGCGAAGGAAAAGCAAUAUGAUCCUAAUCCCUGAAAGAGGGAACAGCCCAGACAACACCAGGACCAUUUUCUACAAGGGCACUUCCACCACCCCAGCAUUUAAUGAGUAGCAAGCAUUUAAUGCCUUUUCACUGUUUAUGUAUCGCACAUGAGGUCCAUAUAUGAGGUGUUCACUAUAUUUGUCCACACAUGUACAGUUUGCUGGUGUGUUUUGUACUCUGGAUGACACCAUUUCUUACACUGCAUGUAAUCACUGGUUUAUAAAGUUGUCACAGUGACACAAAAGCACAAACCCAGAACUCUUUCUAUGCUGUUGGCUGUUGUCCUAAUGAAGAAGUACAGUACAUUGUAGCAUAUAACCUAAUUCUUUUAUUCUAUACACUGUGAAGUUGACCUAGUGCCAAGUCUUAACUUAAACACUGUAUAAAUGUUUAACAAAGUAAUUUUUCAGUGAUUACCCUAGCCCGUAAUUUUUUGUAAUAUAAAUAUUCUCUAAAAUGGGUGCUGUCCUAUUUAGAUAUGAAAAAAAAAAGCUUGGAUCAGAAAAUUGUUUUGUGAGAAGCAUUUAAUGACCAUAAGUGCUUAGAAUAUUUUCUGUAGUUCGUUGUAUAUCUUAUAAUCAGGGCUGGUGCAUGCUAUUCUGAUGCUCUAGGCGAAACAGAAUGUACCUAUACCUCCAACCAGUCCGUUGUUUAAAAGUUUUACAAAUUGACCACUGGUGGUGACUGUCUUCUUAGCCAUUUAAUGUGCUUACAGAGUGCACUCAUAGAGAGCUUGGUAAAAUUAUAUACCUUGCAAUGAAAUAGGUGGACGAUAGUGUUGGUACAUUAAACCACCCAUGUACAAGUGCCACUCUAGGAAAUUGCCUAGGUCACCGUUAUGUAUGCACCGGCCCUGCUUGAAAUACCAUGCACUAUAUUCUCCUAUUUGCAAUACAAAUCUGUGUUUUCACAACUUCAUCAUGAACUUAUUCAUUUGUGUUUCUUGCUCUCAACAGCACAUAUUUUCUUCACUUUGCUAUGCACAGUGAUUUAAUGAAUACUCCUAGUCUCACUAAGUUGGAAGUAUGUUCAGUAGCAAAUCAAGGUGCAAAUAGAUCACCGUCUUCCUUUGGUGUGCGUGAUAGUACCAGGUGCUUGUAGACACACUUUGCUGCUAUUGUAAGAUCACUCACAGCCCAGACCUCCAGCUGUGCUGUUCACUUCUCAUUUUUGCGCUUGAGUGGACAAAGUGAGGCAGAAAUUACUUAAGCCUAUGCCAUUGGUAUUUCCUUUAUUCCAUUCAACAACAUGGUCAAUUUAUGGAACAUUAUUCAUCUAAGCAGGCCCUAUAUCCACGUAAAGUAUAUUUAUAUUUAGUCAGAAUAUACAUGUGGUUACUAUAAGAACACACGAGUUACCUAUUUUUAGAUGUAUUUACCAAAUGUGGUGCCAUAUCAACUAUCAAAAAAAAUAGAAUUGAAUGUUUAUUUUAAUAGACAUGAAGAUUAAUAAUAUUCUUAACUGACUUUUUUAUAAAGCAUAUGUAAAUGUGCCAAAGGGUAUUUUAAAGGGAACGUUCUGUGUUUUGCUAUAGUAAUUCUACAGCAGUCUGUAUUCUUGUAAUCCACAUACAGUGUGGCACAGCUAGAGCAUUUGCAUGCUGAUGAUUUGAUAUCAAACAUUGUUUUGUUCUCUUUUUGAAAAGGAUUAAAACAGUUGCAGAAAGUGUAAUUAUUCAAUUGUUUAUUCUGGACAUGAAAUGUUGGUGGACAGUCUUUAUAAAUGUGUUAUUUUGUUAAUUAGAGUAGCAACCUCAACACUACAAAGGAAAGACAUCUGAAUAGUGUGUGCACAUUUGAUUUAAGGAAUGCAUCAAGCAUGUUUCUGAGAUGACUGUGGGGCACUACCCUAAAAUACUGUGUUUGUGUUUAAUCAGGAAAGUGGUAAUAGGUUUGCUGUGUAUGGGAACAGGUCCAGCAGCACCCAUUACACUGGCACCAGGCUCUGUUUAAGAGACUAAAAGAUAUCAUCUUUCUCUCAAUCGAUUGUGCCAGAUCCACAAAAGAAAAGGGAUCCAUAGGAAAAAACUCUGUAGCAGUGUUUAAAUAAAUGUUUGUUAUUUAGUCCACAACAAAGUCUUCAUUCCUUUUUUGAUUUAGUGUGUCUUUGAUUAGCAUUUAUUCUUUUUAGAGGUUUCAGACAAAAAUGGCUGAUCGACUGAAGUGCAGUCUGAUCCCAGUAUUCAGUUUAUGGCUCUAUUAUCUCCAUUCAUAAUGCUUUCUGUCACUAAAUUAUCCUGGUGAGGCAGUCAUUCACAUUCCAUCAGCUCUGAGAAAACAUUUAAGUAAGAAAAGUCUUGCUAGUAUUAGCAUGGACGAGUGUGCAUGUGUUCCAGCCCUUACGUUAGCAUUUCUUUUGACUCACCCUUGUAUAAUUACCAUAAUAGGGUCUGAGUUAGGGCAGUACAUGACCUCAAUUGAAAUAAAGUGCAUGAUAAAUUGAAAAUUUUCAAUCAACUAGAAAAAACUUAACUGCAUUGGUUCAUAAUACAUAAACACCCAUACAUACACCAUUACAACAGUGAAUUACUUUUAUGUUUACAAUGCUUCAUUCUGCUGCUUAGGUUUUCCAUGUCAUGAUACUUAGUAGAUAAGCCUUCCUAUAAGCAUCCUGUGCCAGCUUGGAUAGCGUCUUCAGCGUUUGUACAAUUGAAAGAGGAUCCUGGUGCAAGGUAUUGUGUUAGGUUAGCUUGGAACAGGAUACAUUCCCAACACUACACUACAUUACAACAGAUAACAUUCUAUAAGACUACUACAUUCUUAAUAACAUUUAAGGUUCACAAGGAAACUUUUAAUAAAAUACAUGACAAAUUAAAUAAAUUACUAGUGCAAACAAAAAAGUCCAGGGGGUGGAGCUGGACCUGAUCAAACUGCUCCUAUAAGCCUAACCUAUGAGAGACGCUGUGCAACACAGAGCAACAAACGCACUUAUCCAGCAUGAAUCACACUGAGUUGUCUUCACCCUCAGGUCCAACUCCACCUCCUGGACUUUGGUUCUGCAGCUAGGGGUACCUGGUGCAAAUACUAGUUACAUAUAUAACAAUGGUUCUAUAAAAAUCUAUGGUAGAUUUUAGACCAUUGUGCUAGACAGCACUCUCCACCACCAUUACACUAAUUAAGGGAAUAUAUUUUGGAAGAAUAGUGCUCUAACAUUCCAGUUCAGUUCUAGAGUAUCGUAGAAUCUCUGCCAAGGAACCUUGUAGCUGUUCUGGUGGAUCGUGCUUUACUAUGAGUACUUGUGUGGUGUUUUUUUCCCUUUAAAUUGUUACCUGUCUGUACAUAAUUAGCAUUCUAUUUCACCCCUCCUAACGACCAGGGACAGCUGGAUAGCA